CCAGACCAGUGGACGGACGAGAAACGCCGGACGACGCCAAGUCAACUUAUCCCAACUACAUUUGCCGCCAUGGAUCCAGACUGGGACCUGAUCUUCGAACUGAUCGACGAGGACUUAGGUACCAAAAUCUCGCCGGAAAUUGGCCACCGUCGUCGGUUCGAAGACUGCAUCUACCACGGGGAACAGAUAAUGGCGCCUUUCAGUCAUCUGGCCCCUCCUCAAACAGUCAGACCCCCAAUGGCGCCCGUCAAUCAUCUGGUGCCUCCGCCACAAACAGGGAGACCCUCAAUGGCGCCCGUCAGUCAGCUGCCGCUGCCGCCACCUCCACCGACGGUCAGCUGUGUUCCUGUGGUGAUCCAGCCGGAGGUCAUGGGCCAAAAUCCUGUAGGAGUCAUGUGUAGCAACGGUCAGCUGCUGUUCAAGAUGGAACCUGGAGAGGAACCUGACACCUUCUUCACCAACCCUCCUCCAAACUCAUCAAAGAGAAAGAAGAGGACAGGGAACAACGUGGACAGGCCUUACAUCAAGAAGCCUCCAAACGCCUUCAUGCUGUUCAUGAAGGAGCAGCGUCCCGCCGUCAAGGCCAAGUUCCUCAACAAGGACAGCGCCACCGUCAAUAAAGCCCUCGGCCAGAUGUGGAAAUCUCUGACACCACCGGAGCAGGAGAAGUAUUUCCAGGAAGCCGAGAUGCUCAACCAAAUCCAUGCCAACAUGUACCCGCAAUGGUCUUGCCGAGACAACUACGGCAAAAAGAAGAGGAGGAAGUGGAGGAACCCACCAGAGGUGGCAGGCCAGACUAGGAGCACGCGUGAGACCAUGGUCCAGACCAUGAGGCUGCAGUCUGUCAGCGACAUGGCCGUCAAGCAGGAGGCGGCGGACAUGGACCUGGCCUUCUGCACGGCGGCGGCUGCGGCGGCGGGCGCCACCCCCUUGGAGCAGUGGACACAGACGUACAUCAGCCAGAGCGCCACACAGCUGCUCAGUGUGGAAAGCGUCUCCACAGACUUUUUUAACUCAUGUGUAAAUAAUAACUAUUGUGGAUAUUGUUGAUUUGUUUUUGUUUCUUUUUCAUGCUCCAUGCUGUACAGUUCUUACCUGUUGUUGUUACGUUGGGAUUGUCUUUUUGAUAAACACUCUGUAAAUACUUCUACGUUUUAUUGUUCUGAGUACGUAUGCCAUUGUCACCGUUUUAAUUAAAAAUACGCUCUGUCACUUUAAAUA